AUGUCAGAGAAGGAAUAUACUGAGGAACAAGAAAAGAUCACAUAUGUUAUUCUGAAUAAGGAUAAGCAUUCGUUCUAUGAGUUGUUGCAGAUAGAUAAGGAGGCCAGUGAUAGCGAUGUGAAGAAAGCCUAUCGCAAGUUGGCUAUUAAGUUACAUCCGGAUAAAAACCGCCAUCCAAGAGCAGCAGAAGCAUUCAAAAAGAUAAAUCGGGCGUUUGAAGUGCUAUCGGAUGAAAAUAAACGAAAGGUUUAUGAUCAAAUAGGUUGUGAUCCGGAUGAUCGUGCAGCUGCGCAAGAGUCUUACAGAAGGGGGGGAGGUUCUGGACAGGAAGGGGGAUCGGGCUUCGAGCCAUUUCCUAGCGAAGGCAUGUUUUUUAGAGGUCCAGGUAAUGGCCCGGAAGAUAUAUUUGAUUUUCUAUUUAGGGCUGGUGGAGGUGGUGGACCUUUUGGAAUGGGAGGUGGUGGACCUUUCGAUAAUUUCGGAAACAGUCCGUUUGGUGGGACGACAACUUUUACAUUUGGAGGUCCAAGUGGGUUCCGAGUCUAUUCUAGUGGACCUGGAGGUCAAUUCCAACAGCAUGGAGGCGGAUUUAAUUCAAGGGCGCAGGAUCGAUCCCGUCGGAAUAACCAGGGAGAUGCGACUCAAGGAGAACUGCAGGAUCCCCUGCAACAUGUAUUGUUUAUAUUAUUGAUUGUGCUGGUAUUCUUGAUGUUUCCUAGUCUGAGUUAUUGA